AAACUUUCAGUGCAUAAUGUAAGGAAGCAAAUCAAGGACAGAUUUGCCGACCAAUCCCCCAUGGACGAGACAGACAUCAUCAAGAAGAAGACGCGCACAAUACUCUCUGAGGAGAGAGCGGGAGAGCGCUAGCAGAAGAGAGAGAAGAAUAUGGAAGAGGAAGCACGUAACUUCAUCAACGUGUGGCUCACAGUCCUCGCCUGCGUGUGCUACUGCUACUUCGUCUCCUCCAAACUCCCUCCGGGCAGGCUCAGGCUCUUCUCCCUCCUCCCCGUCUUCUCCCUCUUCGCCGCCCUCCCCCUCCGGCUCUCCACCGUCCUCCCCACCGGCGUCACCGCCUUCUUCGUCACCUGGCUCGCCUCCUUCAAGCUCUUCCUCUUCUCCUUCGACCGAGGCCCCCUCUCCUCCGUUCCCGGUUCUCAUCCCGACCCAUCGAAGUCCCUCUUCCUCUUCAUCCUCUUCGCGUGCUUCCCCGUCAAAAUCAAGCAAGCGCAAGACUACCCAUCUCCCCAAACCCCCAAAGUGCCCCUCAAUUUCCCCUCAAAAUUGCUACUUUGCGGAGUCUCCAUCCUCGUGCAUGACCACCGGGACAAGUUGCUGUUGCAGGCGCACCCGAAGCUGGUUCUGCUUCUCUAUUCGUGCAUGCUUUAUCUCUUCGUCGACAUGAUCAUGGGGCUAAGCAACGCCGCCGUGCGCGCCGUCCUCGGCGUCGAGCUCCAGAUGCCCUCCGACGAGCCCUACCUGUCCACGUCGCUCCAAGAUUUCUGGGGCAGGAGGUGGAACCUCACCGUGACCAACGCCCUGCGGCACACCGUGUACAGGCCCCUGAAGUCGUUCCUUGAACCACGCUUGGGCGCGGCGUGGCCAGCGGCGGCGGCGGCGGUCAUGGCGGCGUUCCUCGUGUCCGGGCUGAUGCACGAACUGCUGUACUACUACAUGGUACGCGCGAGGCCCACGUGGGAGGUGGCGGGCUUCUUCGUGCUGCAGGGGGCGUGCGUGGUGGCGGAGGUGGCGGCGAAGGGGGCGGCGGGGGAGAGGUGGAGGCUGAGCAGGGUGGUGGCAACGCCGCUGACGGCGGGGUUCGUGGCGGUGACCGCUAUGUGGCUGUUCUUCCCGCAGCUGAUCAGGAAUGGGGCGGACGUGAGGGCCAUUAGAGAGUGCAAGGCUUUGGUGCAGUGGUUGAAGCCGAAGUUCUGAGGCAUUCGCAGCAAAUCUAAUGUAUACAACGUAGCUCUAUUAAAUCGAUUAAUCACAUUUCAGAAAAUUUCAAAGCUUAAACAUUGGAUCCUUAAUUACUGGGCAAAAUUGACAUUAGUCUUUAAGAAAACACAAUCUUUCGUGUGUAUAUAUUUCACAAUGUAAUUGAUUAUAUUUGACUUUCGCUACA